UUAUUAAUUUCUCUUUAACUAAAUUGCAAAGAAAUUUUUUUAAAUACGAUGGACGCAGAUCACCACAACCAUAACGCAAAAGUUGAACGCCUUUGCCCGCAUAUGAUGCUUUUUCAUGGUGGACAUUGCGAGCAAAUCCUAUGGAAGAGCUGGACCGCUAUGAGUAUUGUGGAAUUUAUACUGUCAGCGUUUGCUAUCUUUCUUAUAGCAUUUUUAUAUGAAGCUUUGAAGUUUCUGCGACAGUUUCUUCUUCGCCGGGAACUUGAACGAAUUGCUAAAAACAAAGAAAAGCAAGGAGAUGUAUGCCACACAAUAGCUGGGCUGAAAAACAAACGAUUUCUUGAGCGAAUAAUCAGACCGCCACAUCUCAUACAGACUUCAUUGUUCUUAUUCCAAGUUACGCUAUCAAUGCUACUCAUGUUAAUAUUUAUGACAUUUAAUUAUUGGUUGUGCCUAGCUGUUAUUUUAGGUCUUACAAUUGGUUAUUUUCUCUUCGGUUGGAUCAAAGAUGAUGCAUAUGACAGUGAUUGCUGUCAUUAACAAAUAUAAAGCUUUAGUUAUCUAGUUAUGAUGUGAAUUAUGUGAACAGUAUUGGCAGUU